GAAAGAAAAAAGAAAAUAAAGCAAACAUGAAAAUACCAAAAAGAAAACUAUUUCUUCUCAUUAUUUUUGCAUAUGUGGCAUUUUCACUCUAUGCUGCAUAUAAUGUCUUCUUCAGUACAAAAGUAAUCUCCCGCGUUCACAGGGUGGUAAAGUUAGGAGCACCCUCGGGUGGUGUCAGAGAUGGAGGUCUUGUCUUACCUCUUAUAGCAGACGAGUGGAAUCCGUGGGAAGAUGAACAGGUGGAGUACAACUCUGCUCUGAGCAAAAAGAGAGAGGCCUUCAAACAGUACCUGGGGCGAAUUGACAAAAACAAACCCAAAAGAUACAAGGUCCAAAUCUGGGGGAAAGCUGCCAUAGGCCUUUACCUUUGGGAACAUAUUUUAGAAGGACCCCUCAACCCUACUGACAAGGUUGCACAAUGGAGAGAAGGGGAGCUGCAGUUAGGAAAUGUUGAUUUCAGUUUCUACACAGGUCCUGCUGUGGUUCAGGGCCAUGUCCCUCUAGAUAUGAACAGUCUCGUACUUGUUCUGAAUGGCCGGGAGCACCAGAAGGUCUCCUACUCCACACGGUGGCUGGAGCAUGUCCAAGCUCUGGUACAAUCCCACACAGUUUCGCAUGUGGCUGUCGUCCUGCUGGGCAACGAGCACUGCAAAAAUGACUGGAUUGGCCCGUACUUAAAGAGAAAUGGUGGCUUUGUGGAUCUGCUGUACCUAGUGUAUGACAGCCCUUGGGUCAAUGACAAGGAUGUCUUCCAGUGGCCUCUUGGUGUCGCCACAUACAGGCAGUUCCCUAUGAUCAGGCCUAAUGCCCAAUUGAUUACCUCCAUCAGGCCAUACCUCUGCAAUUUCCUAGGAACUGUUUACAAAAAUUCCUCCAGAGAAACACUCAUGCAGGUGCUGAAACAGUCUGGCCUGGAGAAGGAAUGCAUCACCACUGCCAGGGAGAAGUGGCUCCCUCAGGAGAGCGUGGACAGCCUGAGACGCUAUCAAACAGCUCUGGCACAGAGCGAGCUCACUCUCUGCCCAGUUGGGAUCAACACUGAGUGCUACCGAAUCUAUGAAGCCUGUUCUUAUGGCUCAGUGCCCGUGGUAGAAGAUGUACUGACACCUGGCACUUGUGCAGCAGGUCCUAGCUCCCCACUACGUCUCCUCAAAGCUGCAGGUGCACCCUUCAUCUUCGUCAGUGACUGGAAGGAGCUGCCGGCCAUCUUGGAGAGGGAGAGAGGGAUGAACCAGGAGCAGAGGGUGGACAGGAGGAGGAGGCUGUUGGAGUGGUAUGCCAGCUUCCGUCAGCAGAUGAAGGAGAGGUUCACUGAGGUCAUCGAGGAGACUUUCUUCAAAAGCGGCUGACUGUGGGGCUUAACUAACAGACCUUUAAAAGAUUAACUGGGUUACCAUUUAACAUGGUUUUAAUUUAUUUUGUGGUGUAUGGAGAAAUGUGAUGUACUACUGGCAUAGUGAACUUGGUGAUGUUUAGCGUAAUAUUCUUGUGCAGGUUAUUAUAAAAACAUUUAGGCAUGUAGUAAAACUUGAAACCUGCCAGUACAAAUCAGUUUAAGAUCUGUAAAGUUGUCCAUGACAUUACUGUGCAUCUAUCAUUUAAUGUUUACAAUUAUGGAAUGAUAAACUGCCUCUUUUUUUUUUUAAAUCAAUAUUAUUUUAAAAAUAUUUGAUAUCUUUGGUUGUUUGUACUUAAUAUUGUGACUUUUAGGAAACUAAAGAUUAGGUGUAGAACAAGAUGAUGUGUUUUUAGGCCUUGUUUGAAAAUGGUAUAGAAAUCUAUUUUGUAUUGUGAGCAGUUGGUGAAUGAAAAUGAAUGUUGCUGUGGCAUGCUUUGCUUUUUUGAUCAGAACUUAACAAAAACGUUUUUGCUGUAUUUAUUUCCGUGCUGUGCUGCAUGAGUGUUUGUUUUUUUUAACAUGGUGGAAUAAAGUAAAAUGGAGUGUUCU